CACAGGCAGAGCCCCGCCCUCGCGCACUGGAAGACUCGCUCUGAUUGGUGGAAAGCGGCAGCAGACUCGCGCCAGUUUUUGCAGCUGCUCUUCAGACCGCGCUGCAUCUUCAGUCAGGAAAACGCUUUCUAGGUCAAAUAUUCACACAUUUACCUCAGAAACGUGACUAUUCCACACUUCCGCGACAAACAUGGCACCAAAGGAUUACAUGGCGGAGAAGGAGAAGUGCAAGCGCUUCCUGCAGGAGUUCUACAGUGAGGAUGACUCCGGGAAGAAGGUGUUCAAAUACGGCGCUCAGCUGGUGUCCCUGGCGCACCGCGAGCAGGUGGCGCUGGUGCUGGAUCUGGAUGAUGUGGCGGAGGAAGACCCUGAGCUGGUGGAGAGCGUGUGUGAGAACAGCAAGCGUUACGCCGGACUGUUCGCGGAUGCGGUUCACGAGCUGCUGCCGGAGUACAGAGAGCGAGAGCUUGUGGCAAAGGAUGCCUUGGACGUUUAUAUCGAGCACCGGCUGAUGAUGGAGACCAGAGGUCGUGACCCCGCAGACACGCAUGACUCCCGGAACCAGUAUCCGUCUGAACUCAUGCGCAGAUUUGAGGUUUAUUUCCGUCCUCCGUCCACACUGAAGCCCAAGGUGGUGCGUGAUGUGAAGGCCGACAGCAUCGGUCAGCUGGUGACCGUCAGGGGAAUCGUCACCAGAGCCACGGAGGUCAAACCCAUGAUGACUGUGGCCACGUACACCUGCGAUCAGUGCGGAGCCGAGACCUACCAGCCGAUCGCCUCUCCGAGCUUCACGCCGCUCAUCAUGUGUCCCAGUCAGGAGUGCGUCACCAACAAGUCUGGAGGACGGCUGUACCUGCAGACACGCGGGUCAAAGUUCAUCAAGUUCCAGGAGCUGCGCAUUCAGGAGCAUAGCGAUCAGGUGCCGGUGGGAAACAUCCCUCGCAGCAUGACCAUUUACGCCCGCGGAGAGAACACGCGUGUGGCGCAGCCUGGAGAUCACGUGGCUGUUUCUGGAAUAUUCCUUCCUCUGCUGCGCUCCGGAUUCAGACAGGCUGUACAGGUGACACGCUUUACACACGUCACACACAUCUCAACAUCCUAUCAACACACAGUGGGCAGAACAAGUCCCCCUCUACAUUUGUAUCGCUGUGUCCCAAUGUUCAUACUAUCCGUCCUAAAUAGUCGUGUCUCUGUACUCACAUGUGUGUGUGUGUGUGUAGAGGAGGAUUUCUACGAGAAGCUGGCGGGAUCGAUCGCUCCGGAGAUUUACGGCCACGAGGACGUGAAGAAGGCGCUGCUGGUGCUGCUGGUGGGUGGAGUGGAGCAGGCGCCGCGUGGGAUGAAGAUCAGGGGGAACAUUAACAUCUGUCUGAUGGGAGAUCCGGGUGUGGCCAAGUCUCAGCUGCUGUCCUACAUCGACCGUCUCGCUCCUCGCAGUCAGUACACGACGGGCCGCGGCUCGUCCGGUGUGGGGCUGACAGCGGCGGUGAUGCGUGACCCAGUCACGGGUGAGAUGACGCUGGAGGGCGGCGCUCUGGUGCUGGCUGAUCUGGGCGUGUGCUGCAUCGACGAGUUCGAUAAGAUGGCCGACGCCGACCGCACGGCCAUUCAUGAGGUCAUGGAGCAGCAGACCAUCUCCAUCGCCAAGGCCGGCAUCAUGACGUCUCUGAACGCGCGCUGCUCGAUUCUGGCGGCGGCGAACCCGGCGUACGGCCGCUACAACCCUCGCAAAACCCUCGAGCAGAACAUCCAGCUGCCGGCGGCGCUGCUGUCGCGCUUCGACCUGCUGUGGCUCAUUCAGGACAAACCCGAUGCAGACAACGACCUGCGUCUGGCGCAGCACAUCACAUACGUGCACCAGCACUGCAAGCAGCCGCCGACACACUUCAGCCCCAUCCACAUGCAGCUCAUGAGGCGUUACAUCAGUAAGUGUAAGCAGAAGCAGCCGGUGGUUCCUGAGGCUCUGUCGGAUUACAUCACAGCUGCGUAUGUAGAGAUGAGGAAAGAGGCACGAGUCAGUAAAGACACGACGUUCACCUCGGCCCGAACGCUGCUGUCCAUCCUGCGCCUCUCCACUGCCCUAGCUCGUCUGCGGAUGGUGGAUGUUGUAGAGAAGGAGGAUGUUAAUGAGGCCAUGCGACUGAUGGAGAUGAGCAAAGACUCGCUGCAGGCCGACAAGACCAACAACACCAGGGCACAGCGUCCCGCUGACGUGAUCUUCUCUCUGCUGCGGGAGCUGGCCGGUGAAGGAGCGGUGAGGUCUGUUCGUGUGGCCGAGGCCGAGCAGCGCUGCGUCUCUCGUGGGUUCACUCCUGCGCAGUUCCAGGCCGCUCUGGACGAGUACGAAGAGCUGAACGUGUGGCAGAUCAACCAGGCGCGGUCACGCGUCACGUUUGUGUGAAUGAACGGCACACCAAACACAGACUGCACAUGAUCCCACGCGUUUGAACCUUUCCGGCUGAUGGUGUUGUGAUGAGGAGGAGGGAGCAAGUCUCGUUUGUUUUGCUUUUAAACCUGUUAAAUCCCUGAAAUAAAUGCUGUAAAUAGAUAAAACUUUGCU